AUGGCCAUGCUGCGCUCUGCCGCCGUGCUGACCCGCGAUAACGUCGCCUUCCUGAUGGAGGGCGUGCCCAUCAUGUACCGCGAGCUGCUCUUUCCCGUGAAGAAGAACGCCGAUCUGGUGUCGCAGGAUGGCCGGGUGGCAGUCAUCACCGGUGGCUCCCGAGGCAUCGGACUGGAGGCCGUCAAAACGAUGCUCAAACUCAACAUGCACCUCAUCGUUGGCUCCAGCAACCCGGACAAGGCCUCCAAGACGCUGCAGCCGCUGGCCACCGAGGCCGGCGGCCAGUGCAAGCUGGAGGUGUGGCCACUGGACCUGACCAAGCAGGAGUCGGUGCGCGCCUUCUGUCAGCGCUUCAUCGACUCGGGUCUGCCGCUGCACGUGCUGCUCUGUAACGCCGGCAUCAUGUUCUAUCCGAAGCACGAGCUCACCGAGGACGGCUUCGAGAUGCAGAUGGCCGUCAACCACCUGGGACACUUCACCAUGCAGCACAUGCUGUACCCGCGGCUGCGCGAGUCGGGCACUCCCGAGCGGAAGGCGCGCAUCGUCAACGUGUCCUCCACGGCGCACAACUGCUGCAGCGGCAUGAACUUCGACGACAUCAUGCUCAGCAAAGUGUACUCGCCGAAGGGAGCGUAUUUCCAAUCCAAGGGCGCCCAGAUACUGUGCACCAAGUACCUGGCUAACAAGGCCAAGGACUCGGAGGAUAAUGUGACCUGCUGCUCGCUCCAUCCGGGGGUCAUCUACACCGACCUUUACGACUACACCACGCUCUACAAGAUGGCCUCGCCCGUGCUCAAGAAGCUGUGGAAGAGCCCUCAGGACGGCGCCGAGACGCUGCUGUACGCCUGUCUGUCACCCGAGUCAGAGGGUGUCACCGGCGCCCACUUUGAGAACGCGGCCGUGUACCGUUCUGCGCGCUACACUGAGGACAAGCAGCAGCAGGAGAAGAUGUGGCAGCUGAGUCGCCAGCUCUGUAAGGUAGACGCGUUCAAGGAGGGGGAACUGUAG